CCCCAGGCUCCCAGCACCAUGACGGUUUCAUACACCCUCAAAGUGGCGGAGGCUCGCUUCGGAGGCUUCUCUGGCUUGCUUCUCCGUUGGAGGGGAAGCAUCUACAAGCUCCUCUACAAGGAGUUCCUCCUCUUCAUCGCCCUGUAUGCCCUGCUCAGCAUCACCUACCGGCUGCUGUUGACCCAGGAGCAGAGGCACGUGUACGCUCAGGUGGCCCGAUACUGCAACCGCUCUGCGGACCUCAUCCCCUUGUCCUUCGUACUGGGUUUCUACGUGACUUUGGUCGUGAACCGCUGGUGGGCCCAGUACACGAGUAUCCCGCUGCCAGACCAGCUGAUGUGCGUCAUCUCGGCCAGCGUGCACGGUGUGGACCAGCGCGGCCGCCUGCUGCGCCGCACCCUUAUCCGCUACGCCAACCUGGCGUCGGUGCUGGUGCUGCGCUCGGUCAGCACCCGCGUGCUCAAGCGCUUCCCCACCAUGGAGCACGUGGUGGACGCAGGUUUCAUGUCCCAGGAAGAGAGGAAAAAAUUUGAGAGCCUGAAAUCCGACUUCAACAAGUACUGGGUCCCCUGCGUCUGGUUCACCAACCUGGCGGCCCAGGCCCGGAGGGAUGGGCGAAUCCACGACGACAUUGCUCUCUGCCUGCUCCUGGAAGAGCUGAACAAGUACCGGGCCAAGUGCAGCAUGCUGUUCCACUAUGACUGGAUUAGCAUCCCCCUCGUCUACACCCAAGUGGUGACCAUAGCAGUAUACUCCUUCUUUGCCCUCUCCCUCGUUGGCCGCCAGUUCGUGGAGCCAGAGGUAGGGGCUGCCAAACCUCAGGAGCCUCUGGAGCCAGGCAAGGAGCCAGGGCCAGUGCUGGGGGACCUGGACAUGUAUGUGCCUCUCACCACUCUGCUGCAGUUCUUCUUCUACGCUGGCUGGCUCAAGGUGGCUGAACAGAUCAUCAACCCCUUCGGUGAGGAUGAUGACGACUUUGAAACCAACCAGCUUAUAGACCGCAACUUGCAGGUGUCCCUGCUAUCCGUGGACGACAUGUACCAGAACCUGCCUCCGGCUGAGAAGGACCCGUACUGGGACGAAGGCUUGGCACUGCCGCCGUACACUGUGGCCACGGUGGCCGAGUCGCUGCGGCCUUCCUUCCUGGGCUCCACUUUCAACUUGCGCGUGAGCGACGACCCCGAGCAGAGCCUGCAGGUGGAAGCGUCGCCUGGGUUGGCCCGGCCGGCGCCCCCCGCGCAGACCCCGCUGCUGGGCCGCUUCCUGGGAGUAGGAGCGCCCUCCCCCGCCAUCAGCCUCCGCAACUUCGGCCGCGCACGAGGACCUCCGCGGACUCCUCACCUGCUGCGCUUCCGGGCGGAGGAGGCCGGCGACCCUGAGGCCGCGGACCGCAUCGAGGAGGAGGCGGCGGAGUCAGGGGAUGAGGCCGGGGAGCCCUGAGCGGCGGCGGCCGGGCCUGCCCCUCCUGCUGGCUUCCCC